CCCACAGCAUUAUUCACAACAAACCAUUUUUUCUUCAAUCCUCAUUUUGCUUUGUACUGGUCACUAGUAUGCCUAGAAACAGGGUGAAACUUGCUUUCAUUGUGAAUGAUGCGGCAAGGAAAACCACAUACAAGAAAAGGAAGAAGAGCCUGAUGAAGAUGGUUGAUGAAAUAGCCAGGCAAGGAAAACCACAUACAAGAAAAGGAAGAAGAGUUUCUUGAAGAUGGUUGAUGAAAUAACCACGCUUUGUGGAGUUGAAGCUUGUGUUCUAAUUUAUGGCCCUUAUGAUCCUCAACUUGAGAUCUGGCCAUCACCACACGGAGUCGAAAAGGUUCUCUCGAAAUUCAAGGAAAUGCCUGAAUUUUUGCAAAGCAAAAAAAUGUUGAAUCAAGAGACUUUCUUGAAACAAAGGGUUUUAAAGGUUAAAGAGCAACUAAUCAAACAAAUGAGAGACAAUAGGGAGAAAGAGAUGACCAUGUACAUGUUCGAAUGUCUCUAUGCUGGAAAUAUUGUGUCCAACAAUACAUUUAAGGCUGAUUUGAAUAAUUUGUCAUGUAUGAUUGACAUGAAUUUGAAACACAUUGAUAGAAGGUUGGAUAACAAUAUUAAUAGUCAAGUCGGAUUCGAAAUGCCACAACUGCCUCCCCAGGCAUCAGCAUCCCAGAAUGGUCAUGAAGAUGAAGAAAUUCUGUUUCGGAAUGAAGUUAAUCUUGAAAAUGAAUUUUGGUCAAAUCUACUGCCUUAAAAUGAUUCUUGAAAAUGAAUUAAUGCAAGGUCUUUGGGUAUUUGCUUUUGUGUGGGACUUGUUUGUUUUUACCUUUUCAUGUAUCUCUUUUUAGCGACUUUAUUUUGUAAGUUAUUUUUUGU